UCAAAAUUACAUUUCACGCUUAAAUAUUUUGCCUAUUGGUCGUUUGGAUGUUCUUUCAUUGAGGCGGGAAACUACUAUGUUUUUUUGUUUGUGUGAACGAACGGAGACCAACGCGCUUCCCUCCGAUCUCAUUUCCGUGCUGUGUAACGAUAACCACCGCACACCGCCGUAACAGAAUCCUUCAUCUGCCGCUGAGACAUUGUUGACUCUGUGAUUCACUCAUGGAUACAUACAGAAGAGGCUCAACAACUCCGUCAAAUGCAUCUUUCUCCGGGACAAAUGGAGUCUGUUUGAUGAGAAGUUCAUGGAAAGAGGAUCAAUAUUCAUCCUUCAUUGACUUUAUCUCCACUUUCCUCUCUGCAAAUUCAUUUCGCCUUAAUUUUGUGCCAAUUGCUCCGGACUUUAUUUUCAAUUGUGGAGGUUUGUCUGUGGCCUUCAUUUUUGUGACAAACUGGGACUGUAACAAUGUGGCUCCAAUCUUCAACAAAGUUCAGCAACUGAAGGCUCAGUUUUCACGUUUUUAUGUUGUUAUCACACUUCCUGGAAAAGAGGAAAUGGAUUCAUUUAUCGAUUCAUAUUUCAAAUUUGGGAUGGUGAUUGGCAAGCCUACAUUUGUACCAGUUAAGGACUUGGAAAUGGGGUUUGAAAAGAUGGUAAAAAUAGCCCAUUCUUCUGGAGUAUACAAGCAGGAGGGAAUUGAAGAAAAAUUUAAAGCUGAGAGGAGGCAGUUGGUGCAAGGAAUGAACUUUUACCUUAAAGUUGUUACAUCAAUCCCAGACAUUGACAAUCACGAUGCAAAUACGAUGUGCAAAAUUGGUGAAAGUAUAACAGUCAUAUGUAGUUUGUGCAUAAACAUUCCUUUUGCAUAUUAACUGAUAAUAAGUACAUUGGUGUCAAAGUUUUGAUGCUAUGUUAGUCUUAUGCUACUCUUCCUACCUGAUUAAGUAAUAGUUUUGUCACAUGCAAAAGCGUAAUAGCCAACCAUAUAGGUUGAGUUAUAUUGUUAUUCUGAUGGUUCAAUUCAGCUCAGUCAAGCAAUUGGUUCUGUCCAAGCAAUUGCGAAGGCAUCAAAAGAGCAAAUUCUGGAAAACACAGAUCUUUCCACUGACAAGGCAGAUAUGGUUUCAAGGUUUCUCAGGGAUCCAAAGUUUUUCUUAAGUCCCAAGAU